GCAACCUUUUCCGGUACAAAAAUACAGCGGAUCAGUCACAGCGGUUUGUGUGAAGGUCGUGCGUCUAUAACUCUUGUCAUCAUGUCUCUGCCCAAGCCUGUGAUGAGGGGACUGUUGGGGAAGCGGCUGAGGUUUCACCUGCCCAUCGCCUUCACUCUUUCUCUGGCUGCUGCUAUUGCCUUUAAGUACACAGUGACAGAGCCCAGGAAACAGGCCUAUGCUGAUUUCUACAAGCAGUAUGAUGCCACCAAAGAGUUUAAUGCCAUGAGGGAAGCUGGCAUCUUUGAAAGCGUACGACCCUCUGGAGAGUAAACUUGCUCCCGGAUACUGUUGUUCAUUCCUUGUAAGAAGAAAGUCCCCUUUCCUGCCCGAUUGUUAUUUACUGAUCAGAUGUGAACAUUGUUCAACUAAAUAAACUAUUC